GAGCGAGCAGGAGAAGAGGAGGAAGAUGCCGUGCCUGAACGUGUCGACGAACGUGAACCUGGAUGGCGUGGACACCUCCGCCAUCCUCGCCGACGCCUCCAGCACCGUCGCCGCCAUCAUCGGCAAGCCGGAGGCCUAUGUGAUGGUUGUUCUCAAGGGUUCAGUGCCCAUGGCGUUCGGCGGUACCCAGGAGCCUGCAGCCUAUGGUGAGCUGGUUUCCAUCGGAGGGCUGAACCCUGAUGUCAACAAGAAGCUGAGUGCCGGCAUUGCAUCCAUCCUUGAGUCGAAGCUGUCCAUCCCCAAGUCCCGCUUCUUCCUCAAGUUCCACGACUCAAAGCGCUCGGACUUCGGAUGGAACGGAACCACCUUCUAGACGUGCAUCGUAUGGCCUGUGGGCGCAUUGGAACUUCAGAUUUCUUAAUGUCUUGUCCAUUGCCUAUUCAAGGAGAAACUGGUGUCAGUGAGACUUGUCGGGUUAUUGGCAGUGUCUAUGAACGCUGGAGUACUUGUGUGGUCUAGUGAUUUGGUACAACACUUGCCAUGGCAAGGGAAUGUUGCAACUAUAUUAGGUCUGUUUCUUAAUCAUGAAACCUUUCUGGUGU